CUGUGAAAACUCGUCUGGGGCGUCACAAGCCAGCAGAGCUCAUUUCCCCACUCGGCUCCUGCUCCGGGUACCCCGACAGAUCAUUGCAGUCUCCUGGUUUUCCCUCCCGCCCAUUCCAUCCGUUUGGAGCUGAGUGGGAAUGGAUUUCAAAACCUAUGUGGAUCAAGCUUGUAGAGCUGCAGAUGAGUUUGUCAAUAUUUAUUAUGAGACGAUGGAUAAGAGAAGAAGGGCUUUAACCAGGCUGUAUUUGGACAAAGCCACGUUAGUUUGGAAUGGGAAUGCAGUGUCUGGGCAAGAAGAGCUAAAUAAAUUUUUUGAAAUGUUGCCAUCAAGUGAGUUCCAGGUUAAUGUGUUGGACUGCCAGCCCGUUCACGAACAAGCUACUCAAGGCCAGACAACAGUGCUCGUGGUGACAAGUGGGACUGUCAAAUUUGAUGGCGAUAAGCAGCGCUACUUCAAUCAGAACUUCUUGCUGACAGCACAGGCCACCCCCACCAACACCGUGUGGAAGAUCGCCGGGGAUUGCUUCCGCUUCCAGGACUGGGCCAGUUAGCAGGGACUGCCAGGGGAGUGACCUCUCUCAUUUGGCACGAAGGAGUCCACUGUGCAGGCAGCUGUUCUCCCCUGGGAACACACGCGCUCUUUGUGUUGCAUCUGUUGUUACGGAAGGUCCGCAGAUCCUUCGGGGCUGGUUCCGGUGACCACGGCUUUAGUAAUAAUCCUAAAAUGUGAGAGGUUGCUCGUGUUAGUUGAAUUUAGUGAAGUGCUGAAGGCAGUGAGCUGUACUCGAAUCAUUCCCCAAAUGCCUUACAUGCAGCUGUGCUGCCGCUGCUGGAUGCUCAAACUCUGCUAUUUAAAUACAAAAUCCUAUUCAUAUACAAUUCUGACCAAAUGUAGUUUUUCUUCAACUUGAAAAGACCUGUUUUUACAGUAGCAUCUUCUCUUUUUUGAAGAAGGUGCUUGUGGCAUGUGGAUGGAAUUCCGAAAGCUAUCUACUCCUGGUUGUAGGAGGCUGGGAAGGAUUGCAGUGGAUUCUACUGUUUGUGAAAGGAGCAAAUCUCCCAAUCCAUUGGAAAGGUCACAUUACCUUCUCUGAUGUGAUAGAACUAAAUCAUCUCAUUGGGUUUCCUUCUGGUCUGAGCUUCCCAGACUUUGGUCCUGGUUAAUUUACAUGGAUUCAUAUGUAGGGCAUGCUGAAUGAUUCGGAGCUCCUGUGCCAACAACUUGCCACAUGCAUGUAAAGGACUUCAAACUGAAUAUUUUUCCUUUGAAGUCUUACAGUGACCUAGAAAUAGGUUGGUAACAUGAUUUCUGUUUGCUUUAACUGUUCAUUCUGUUGCUAUGAGGUUUGGACUAUUUUUCCCAUGUUAAGUCUGCGAGUUUUGAAUUCUUUUUGUCUUUUCAAGAAACAUUGUAGUCCAAAAGUGGCACUGAAAGUGUGUAUUACUGUGAAGCCUUCAAUUUUUCUCUUCAGUACUGUUAUUCAGGACAGGUGCUUGAAUUAUUUUCGAGAACAGCAGCUCUGCACCACAAACACUUAUCUUCCUCUCAUGCAGGUUUUUACUGUAUUUUUCAUGUUCUUUGUAAACAUGGCCUUUAAUUAUUGAUUCUGGGGCAUUUUGUGUGUCUUGCUUUGAAUUUGCAGUUUAAGGCUUUCAGCUGCUUUAAAAUAGUUUUCAAGACUGCAGGUUAAGACUGUCUGUCUUAACUUGGGAAAUUAAGAGUAAAUCUGGAUAUCAGCAGAUUUGUUUUAAAUUGGCCUGCUUCUGUUUUAAGCUGAGUGAAAACCAACCAAACAAACCCCAAAACGUAGCUGUAUCUGUGAGCACUUGCUUGUAACUAAAAACGCAGGAGAGGAGCUUGUAACUCCCAUCAUAACCCAUGUGACAAUGACAACAGCAGUCUGAAAGCAGUUACAGCUGCAGCUCACUGGUUCUAUGGCUUAAAUCGAGAAAACUGUGAAAAUGAGCAAUAUCUCACGUGUGUAAAACAUCCUAAAGCGUCUGUAGUUUGCCAUGUAAGCCCACGAAUCACGGGGUGUUCAGGUGAAACGGGCGGUUGUAUUUCCUUUUCAGUCCCUCUAGUCUAUACACCAGUCAGUUAGAAUUAGCAACUUGUGUCUGUCCGGAGGCUGUUUAUGGUCAGAACUAUUGUGUACCUAUUUUUUCAGGCGGAAGAAUUUGAAUUCCUGCAGCCCAGUGCAGGAAGAGAAUUUUUUGAAAACUGUAAAUAUUGUAAAUACGUUGUUAUUUCUGUAUGUAGUGAAGAAAGGAUCACUCUAUUUAAUUACUGUUUGUUCAUAAGAGAAUACGCAAUGUUCAUAUAUUUGUAUUUCCUAUACAAGUUCGAAAAGAAAACGUAACCUUAACCAUGCCUGUAACUGGUACAGCAUUGUUGAACUGUGACACUGGUGUGGUGUACUCUACUGGCUGUUUAAUUCGCUGUUGAUUGUGUAAGUGGUGUUACAGAUCUGCUUUGCAAACACAAAACAGGUUUUGCCUUUUAAAAUGUAGUAAUGGGUGCAUCUGUAGCAUUGGCUUGUUGGACUUUUGAAGGCGGUCAUCAGAACACACACUUAUAUCAGUACCUGAUAAGAUUGUCCUGUGAAUAAAUACUUUUUGGAUAUUUUUA